AUGCUUGCAUUAGUGCCACAAAGGAUUUAUUUUUUGAGAAUUACCAGAGAAUUGCAUGUUUGCAAUUUAGAUAUGCCACUUUUUAACACAACCUUAUACGACAGAGCUUACAACAACGCAAUUACUCCUCAAAAUCCCUUUCUCUCUACAAAUGCCACUCCAUCGAACCUCCCGAUGUUUCUGCUCCAGCCUCAUUUGGACGCGGAUAAGACGGAAUUUCGUGGCCUGCUUGCCUUCCAAAUGUCUGCCUUUCAGGCUGAACCAGCAACACGACGGAAGAAAUGGAAAGAUGGUGUUGAUGCGUUGUACACUUGCUGCGCGCUGUGGGGUUAUGGCGGCAAAAGCGUCUGCAUGCCCAACCGCAUUGAGGCCCCAGAAGCAUCAGAGUUUUUGACAUGCAGGACGUCAAACAUACAAUGCAAUGUAAUGCAACGCAAGACCUAG